AGCAGGAGGAGCAUGGAGGCUGAGGCCGCCCGCGGAGCCACAGAGGCUUACCCUGUGGACAUCCUGGAGGAUGACUCCGAUGGCUAUCAGGUAGCAGCACAGGCCUACUAUGAGUUGCUCAGGGGAGGAGCCCAGACCUCAACAGACGCUAUCUCCCUUUCCACUGGGGAGCAGGUCAGACUUGAAACUUCAUCUCUUUGUUUUUGCACGAUGUACCGUGAUGAACCGCAACAUAAAAUACUGGUUUUGGUUAAUCCCCAGGACACAAAGACAGUUGUGGCUGUUUACUUAAAGGGAUCCUGGUGGUCCAUUGAAGACGUCCUGAGAACUUCUGAUCCCACACGGGAAGGGCUCAUGAAGGUUCGGUCCUUUGGGGAAAGAGUCGUUCUUUUUGUUCUCAACGCCAUUGUUUUUGGAAGACUGGAGAGAAGACUGGACCAUGACAACAUGUUUUUUUUACCUCACCCUGCGAAGGAGCAAGCUAAGAUUUUGUGGAGAGAUGGAGCUGCAGUUGGAUUUUACUCAAUCAAAAUGAAAGGCAGUCUCUGCGGUGAUGGUACCAGUGCAUGCUACCUGCUGCCUGUCUUCGACACCGUGUUUGUGAGGAGGAAGAACCGUUGCCAAGGCCUGGGGACAGCCAUGCUGAGGGACUUCUGUGACACCUUUCAAGGAGACGAAGCUCUGGGUAUCAGUUGUCCGAUAUCUCCUGCGAUGUACAAAGUCCUCAGGCAGUUCCUGCUGACCUGUCCAGGCGAGAGAGGGCGCUUGUGGGAGGUGGAGCCCCCGGGUGCCUGGGGCCAGCGUGUUAACAUCUGGCUCAAGGUUUAUCUUCAGGAGCGGAGACUUCAAGAUGGGAGCACUGCGCACCCCAAGUGUUCUGAAGAGGACAUGAGCACUCCCAGGCAGACUUCUCAGGAGGAUGGACCCACACAGUUUAACCACGGAGAAAUCCACGAGGGGUGGAUCGCUGGAGAACCGGAGAGGACACAGAAUGGCCAACGAGGUGUCAAAUGAGAAGAGGAAGCUUGGAUGCCCCUGAGACCCUCCUGGGAUGAGAUGGAGGGAAGGGAGCCAAAAGGACAGUGGCAGUCUCUGGGCUGGUUGGUGAGCCAUGGCAGAAGCAUGUGAGGAAGUGAGUCAGGUGUGAACUUGACACGAAGCGAGUCAGGUGUGAACUUGACACCUAACUCCUUAGAGGUCCGCCUGGCUUCUCCAGGAUCUGAGUCUGGGGGUUUUAUAUGACCCUGAAUAGUCUCUGGUCCUGAGGAUGGUGCUCAUUGUCUCUGGCUCCCCUUGUAGGCUCUGGAAUAACAGAAUCUGAAGAAGUGCUUGGGUAAGCCAAAUACUCAAUGGGAGCCAUUUUGUAAGCCAACUAUAGGCAGAUCCAAGACUUUAGAAGUUCGUUCAUUAAAACUACCAUUGCUUCCACUCCCCAGGAGUAUCGGAGGGAGAUGCAUGAGACCAUGUGAAUGAAUGCAUACCCUUUCCCUUAGUGGAAAUGGGCUCAGAGAUGGACCAUGGUUCUCAUCCAUGUUGUACAUUCAUCCCUGUUGUAACCUCAGAACUCGACACCAGAGUUUUUCAGGGAGACAGGUUUCUUCUCCUGGGACUUGUCAGCCACUUCAGAGUUCCUUUAGGACAAGCAUCAGGGUUGGAUAAUGUCAACUAUGCCAGAGUCCAGUAGUGGCCACUAUGGGCCUUGGACUGCAUUAGGCUCAGUAUACUGCCCAUGUUGCUUUCAAUGUCAUUGGGUCCAGAUAUUUGGAUGUGGGAGAGGAUUACUCCCAGAGAAAGCUGGUCUGGCACUUCAUGCUCCCUGAAUGGUCAAACAAUAUAUCCUGUGGGACCUUACAUUCCUCAAAGCAUUCAGCUCUUUGCUCAUUUCUAAAUAUAUCCAUAUAUGCUUGCAUGCAUGCAUACACACAUACAUCUCUCAUUUUCUCUCUCUUCUGUUUUCUUCACCUCUUCUCUUCCUCUCUC